ACCCAGGCUGAGAGAAAAAGGAGCGAUUCCAAAGGGGAGCUGUGGACUGGAGGAGCAGCUCAAAUGUUGGGAAGAUGUCCGAGACGAGUUCUAUCAGCUCUGGAUCUACUGCGGGUUCAGGCAGUCGUGUUUUACAGCUGGCGAGCAGAGGGGAAUGGACAGCCCUGGAACAAGCUUUGAAAAGCAUUGACAAGGGAGACCGGGACAUGUCUCACACGGACGAAGAAUCUGGUCUAACCCCACUUUUGAUUGCUGUUCGGGAAAAUAAACUUGCAAUUGUGGAAAGACUACUUGAGUUAGGAGCCAAUCAGAUUGAUCGGUCAAAGGAUGGAAGGACCGCGCUGCACGUCGCUGCAGCACAUUCAAAGGAAGAGAUUGUUCGGCUGCUUCUGGCAAAGAGAUGGGACCCUAACCUCACUGGAGGGGUAUGGAUGCAGCUACUGCAUAAGGAUCAGUUGCCUCUACAUUUUGCUGCCAGUCGACCCAGUGGUGCUCUCAACAUAGUACAGAUGCUACUGAGGUCCUCGAACAAAGAUGCUCGAUUGAUGCAAGAUAAGGAUGGCUGCAUUCCCUUGUUUCUCAGUGCUGAAGUUGGCAAUGUUACAGUAUGCAAGGAACUGCUCAGUGUUAAUGCUGAUCUACAACUCAGGACACAACGGAAGGAUAAUGGGGAUACAAUCUUACAUGUUUGCUGCAGAAAGAAAGAUGUAGAAUUGGCUAAACUCAUGGUGGAACUUGGUGCUGGUGUUGACUUUCAGAAUGAAGAAGGCCAGGUUCCCUUGCAUGUUGCUGCCUCGGAAGGAGAUGAACUCAUGCUGAAGUUCUUCUAUCAGUACAAAGCCAACCCAAACAUUACAGACAAGCUGGACCGGUCACCACUGCACAUUGCUGCUGAACGCGGACACACCAAUGUGGUUGAAGUACUAACUGAGAAAUUUAAAUCCAAUGUACUGGCCCGAACAAAGGAUGGAAAUACUUUAAUGCACAUCGCCUCACACUGCGGCCACCCUGAGACAGCGCUGGCAUUCCUGAGGAAAGGAGUCCCUCUCCACAUGCCCAAUAAGUCUGGGGCAGUGUGCCUCCAUGCUGCCGCAAAGAGAGGGCACACAGCUGUAGUGAGAGUGUUACUCCAGAAGGGGGCGCAUGUUGAUGCUAAGACAAAGGAUUGCUACACAGCCCUACACAUUGCAGUGCAGCACUGUAAGCCUCUAGUGGUACAGACCUUGUUGGGUUUUGGGGCUCAGGUUCAGCUCAAAGGAGGCAAGGCUCAGGAGACUCCUCUGCACAUUGCUGCUCAAGUGAAAGAUGGUGAGAAGGUGGCAGUAAUGCUGUUAAAAAGUGGAGCAGAAGUAAAUGCUGAGCAAGAGAAUAGUGAGACAGCCAUGCAUAUAGCAGCCCGGCACGGCAACCUGAAAAUGAUCCAAGCUUUGAUUGAGGAGGGAGGUGACCUAACGUGGCUGUCCAAGGCUGGAGAGAAUCCACUUCACAUUGCAGUCCGGCACUGUCAUGUCAAUGUUGUGGAAGAAAUCCUGAACUACCUGACCAAUGAGAGGAGUCGCCUUGAGGCUGUUGCAUGUGUCAAUCAGGAAAACCAGGAAGGAGAAACAUGCCUGCACUUAGCAGCAGAGAUAACAAAGGACAUGAUUCACUUCAAGCAAGAGGACACUAAGAUCGUUAAAAUUCUCUUGGAGUAUGAUGCUGACAUCACUGCAACUACAAAGCUGAUGCAUGAAACUCCAUUACAUUACUGUGCACACGUUGGGAAUUCAGAUGUUCUUCUUGAAAUCUUGAAAUACAUUGGCUCAAAUAGAAUGCAGCAGGCCAUCAAUAAACAAUCUAAGAAUGGCUGUUCACCAUUGCUUCUGGCUGCAGAGAGAGGACACACAGAGAUGGUGAAAAUAUUGCUGCUAAACCAUGCCAGAGUGGAUGUAUUUGACGAGCAUGGUAAAGCUGGACUUCACUUGGCAGCAGAGAACGGUCAUGAUCAAAUCUCGGAUAUCCUGCUCUGGCACAAGGCCUUUGUCAAUGCCAAAACUAAGCUUGGCUUGACACCACUUCACCUGGGAGCGCAGAAUGGUUAUAACAGGCUGGUAAAGCUUCUGGUCGAGACCCAUGCUGCCAGCAUUGAUGCACUCUCUCUGUCAAAACGGACACCUCUACACCUGGCAGCAGCAAAUGGGCGGCUUGAUGUCUGCAACAGUUUACUCAAGAUGAAGGCGGAUGCAAAUGCCACUGAUAUCCAAGGACAAACACCUCUCCACUUGGCUGCAGAGAAUAAUCACUCGGAGGUUGUGAAACUCUUCCUCAAGCAGAAGCCUGAACUGGUGAUGUCUGCAAACAUGGAGGGAUCCACUUGUGCACACAUCGCUGCAUCCAAGGGAAGUGUUGCUGUGAUCAAGGAGCUGCUAAAGUUCAACAAAGCUGGAGUAACCAUGGCUCGGAAUAAGAAUAAAGACUCCAGUCCUCUGCACCUGGCUGCCGCUGGAGGUCAUGCUGAGGUUGUUAAGGUGUUGCUGGAGGCCGGUGCAUCUGCCACUGAUGAGAACGCUGAGGGAAUGAACACAAUUCAUUUGGCUGCUAAAAAUGGACACAUUAAUGUCCUUGAAGCUCUCAAAGGCACGCUAUCCUUUAAAAUAACCAGCACAAAGACUGGAUUCACAGCCCUUCAUGUGGCCGCACACUUUGGCCAGAUGGACUUUGUGAGGGAGAUUCUCACCAAGAUGCCGGCAACCAUACGCAGUGAGACCCCAAAGAUCACCAGUGAGGGACAUCUAACAAAAAAGCAGCCAAGUGAGUCAGGAUACACACCUUUACACUUGGCAGCACAGUCUGGCCAUGAAAACUUGGUCCGGCUUCUACUUAACUACCCAGGGGUCCAGGUGGAUACUCAAACCAGCUUGCAGAGGGCCACCCCACUCCACCUCGCAGCACAGAGUGGUCACACUGCAGUCGUUGGACUCCUCCUGAGUAAAUCCACCUCUCAGCUGCAUCUGAAGGACAAUCGGGGAUGCACCUGCCUUCACCUGGCAGCUGCCAAUGGACACAUUGAGAUGGCCCGAGCUCUCCUCGGCCAAGGAGCUGAGAUCAAUGCCAUCGACAAGAAUAGUUGGACUCCUUUGCAUUUUGCAGCAAAGUCUGGUUCCCUGGAUACAGUACAGUUCCUGGUGGAAAAUGGAGCUUCUCCCAAGUUGGAAUGUAAGGAGGGAAAGACACCCAUUCAGUAUGCAGCAGCUGACCACCACCAGGAGGUGGUGAGUUUUUUAAUCCAAAAGAAUAACCUAACCUUGAAACUGACAGAGGACCGCAAGUUCCUCUUUGAUCUCAUGGUCUGUGGAAAACUGAAUGGGAACAGGGUCAUUGAAGAGUUUGUCCUGCACUCAGCUGCCCCCAUGGACACAGCCGUCAAACUCUCCCAUGCUUUUGGCAUCACGGCUCUGAAGGAAAAGGAGAGAUACAGGGAGUUGCUGGAAGCUGCCAAGUACUGUGAGAACAUGGCCAGUGAGCUGCUUACGGUGGCAUCUGGUUGCAAGAGUGCUGGCUAUUUGCUUCGUGCUGUGGAUCACCGGGGCACCACCAUGCUGGACUCCUUAAUAGAGUACGAACAGAAGGAAGUGGUAGCUCACCCAGCGGUACAGAAAUACCUAACUGACGUCUGGUAUGGCAACUUGAAGUGGGCCCACUGGAAAAUAGUCCUUUUGUUUUUUAUCUUCGUCAUCUGCCCUCCUAUUUGGCUGCUCUUCUCCCUCCCAGUUCACCAGUUUAACAGGAUUCCAAUUAUGAAAUUCAUGAGUCAUUUGGUUUCUCAUAUCUUCCUCCUGGUGCUGUUUAUACUAACAAUAGUCUAUCCCCCCCUGAGCCCGAUAUAUGAAGGUCGGAUGCUUCCCUGUUGGAACGAAUGGCUCCUGCUGGCUUGGCUUUCCGGAAUGCUGGUCUCUGAGCUGACCCACCCAGGGGAGAGAGCAGGAUUGGCAUGGAUUCGGAUAUUUCUCUUGGGAUUUUCGGCUGUUGCUGUCUUCUGUCACCUGCUUGCAUUUGCCUUCCGGGACCAUGAGCGGCUCCAUUGCUUUUUUGCACGAAAUAUUUUCCUUGCAGUAGCCAUGACCCUCUGCUUUGUGCAGUUUCUGGAGUUUCUCACCUUCCACCACCUCUUCGGCCCCUGGGCUAUCAUCAUCCGAGACCUGAUGAAGGACCUGGCCAGGUUUGCAGUCAUCCUUGCUCUGUUUCAUGUAGCUUUCACCAUGCAACUCACAGCAGUUUACCAACCUGUAUAUCCUGUACCACCACUCAAACCGUCUGCUGGAAAUAGAUCAGGUUCUGAAGAGGCAUAUGACAUUCAAGACCCAUUGGAUAUUACUGUCUUACUUUUCUUUGCUCUGUUUGGUAUGAUGGAUCCAGACUCCUUACCCACAUUGUAUCGGACGCCCAUUUUUACCCAGUUCAUUGUCAAGUUUGUUUUUGGAAUGUAUCUUGUCAUGACUCUGAUUGUCCUGAUCAACUUGCUGAUUGCUAUGAUGAGCGACACUUACCAGCGAAUCCAGGCACAAUCAGACACUGAGUGGAAGUUUGGGAGGGCCAUGUUAAUCCGUGACAUGAUCAGAAAAUCAGGGACCCCUUCUCCGUUCAAUCUAUGCACCAAUCUUUUCUACUACAUCAAAAUGCUGUGCAAGCAUAGGGGUAAACUCUGCUCUAUGGAGGGCCGGGAAUUGAUGAAUGAAGGAGAUAACCUCGACACCAUAUCGGAUACACGCUCCAUUGACAUGUUGUCACAUACACCUGUCGGAUGGAUACAAAGCACCUCUAAAAGAGCAGCACAGAUCUCUCCUGAAGCUGGAUUCUUGCGAGGCAUAAAGCAAAAUGGUCCAAUGCAGAUUGAAGAUAUUAUUGACUGGCACAAUGUAGCUUUUCGCUAUUUAACAAUGAAACGCCAGACUGAUGGUCUGGUGUUGAUACAGCUGCAGCAUGAUGGAAGUCCAAAGGUCUGUAAGUGUGAUUUUGGCACCAACUAUCAAACUUGACUUGCCAAAUCCCAAUUACAUCAAAAUGCCCAGAUGCUGCCCAGAUGGAUUGUAACAUUGUUCAGCUAUGUCUGAGUUCAGCUAUUGUUCAGCUAUGUCUGAGUAAUCUGUUAGUGGUUUCUGCACUUUUCAAAGUCAUCAACCAUAUAUCAAGCAGCUAUUCAUCGAGUUACGUUGAUCAGAGGAGAAGGAUCAACGUAACCAUUGAAGAUGUGUAGUAAAGUGUGUUUUUUAUUCAUUAAGUGAUUAUUAUUUAUUUAAAGGAUUUUACAUAGCAGUACAAUUGCUUAGCAGAUCUGUUUUUAUUUGGUAAGACAAAUGGCAGCACGUAAUUCUCUCCCAAUGGCCAUAAUUUAUUUUUAAUUUUUACAACCCUUUGUCUGUAUUUCCUUGUUCAUUCUAUCUUGCUUCAUAUUUUGCUUGAAUUUUAUUUCCAUUUCUAGGGCACUGAGAAAAUGUGUGAACUAUAGUUCUAAUGCCUCUUUGAUUCUGGCCAGAAAUGCUAUUCUGGACAUAAAAUUAUCCGCAAAUGUCGAAAGCUUCUUGGCAACUACUGCAAGGUUCCAGCAGCGUAGGUUAAAUUUAAGGUGCAUGUUGCAACAUUUGAUUUUUGAGUUAAUUUUCCCUUUCCAAUUUUUAACCACACUUAUUCUGAUUGAAGUACCUUCUUCUUUCAUAAAACAUGCUUGUUUUAAGGCAUUUUCCAUAAGUGUAGGGUGCAAAGAGACCUCACUGAUCUCACUGUGCUCCACUUGCUCUUCACUCUCCCCCUCCUUUCAUUUCAACAAGUUCACUCAUAGAGCUCAUCUCCUGAUCUUUCUAUAGUCUGCUCAGACUUUUGACCUGUUGUGUUAACUCAUGGGUUAGGAGAUGUUCCAUCACAGGCGUGGUGAAAGUAGGCAUAUUGGGUUAGUAGCAGGGAUUGGUGUCGGGAGGGAGGUGGUUAGUAACCAGAUUGUUGGAAUCAUUCCUCUCCCUAAGCACUUAGUUCAUUAUUCCCCCAGUGUGCUCAGAAACCAGAUGAACCCCAUCAGAUAAAUGUUCAAUGAAUUCUGAUUUUCAUUAAGGCCAAAUGAAAUGCUAAUUUAUAAAUAAAUAAUUUCUUUUUGCAAUUUCAACAGUGACUGUCGCUUAGAUACAGCAUCGCACAUUUUGUAUGAAGCCUAGAUAUAGUAGAUAGGAAAUAUUUAUUUCCCUUGCAGAAAAUCAAUAACACGUGGACCUAUACUUAAGAUAUGAAGAAACAAAUAGAAUUUUUUUCCUCCCAGUAAACUGGGAAACCACAAACCUCAGAGCCCAAAUGGAUAGCCAAAGCAAAAACCACCAUCACAUUUCUGCAGUAUUCAGAUGUGUCUGUGAACAGUCAUACAGUCCAAGGGCUAGCAAAUGGAAUGACUGAAUGCAUCACAUGGUCAUUUAAAGAAACAGGCCAGCAUUUUUUGUCAAGAGCCUGCUUGAAUAAACUAGUCAGAAUUUAAAACUGUAUUUUAAUCUGUUUGUUCUACUUUUGAUACUGAUGUGAUUAGUUUGCUUUGUACAAAGAUUUCCAAUGUUUUUGAUCAUUUAUACAAUUGGAGGAAUAUUUUUGAAUUAUUUAUAGUAUCUUUGUAUCUAAAAUCCUUGUCUACUUUGGAGAAGGAAAAUAAUUAAAAACUUAACCUGUACUAUUAUAGUGUAAACUUGCUGCAGAAUAAGAAAAUGUUUUGUUUAAAGUAUGCUGCCAUGAAUUUGUUAGUAAUAUCAUUAAUGUUUGAUAAUUAGUAAUAGGACUAACAAACAACAAGAUAUUAUCGUACUGUGGAGAUUUUCUCUUGGAUUACACUUGUGAACUAAUUACCUAUGAUAAAGUCUUCUUGAAAAAGCA